GCAUGUUGUAAAGUUGGCUUCCGCCGUUGCGAUCGGCUGCCAGGCGGAUCCGCAGAACCUUCUCUUGGUUCUUGCUGGGAUCCGGAGUUGGUGACGCAAGUUUGCUGAGCGCCGAUGCUUCGUCCGUUCUCUGGCGUCCUUUGUAGGGAAAAUCCGUUCGGAAACUUUGGUCCAGAGCCAUGCCUGCCGGUCUAAGUUGGCCCAAAUACUUGAAAAUCCUUACUGCAACCUUCUUGACCAUGCUUGCUGGUGCACAAACCGUCCACAAAUUUUACAGACCUGACCUUACACCAGAUAUUCCUUCAAAAGCUGGGGAGCUCAGAACAGAAAUGUCGAGUCUAAAAAAUACGAAUGAGCCAGUUCAACCUUUACAGCCACGAACGUAAAAGAAUCAAUGUUGCAUCCUCCAUAAAGUGUUCCUUAUUAGCAUUUAUUAUCUGAACAUGUAUAACUGGAAAAUCAUGAAUAUUUAAAAGGACUUAUUUUCUAUCUGUAUUGUUUUUGAGUCCAAGAUUGCCUUUCCUACUUUUUUUUUUCCCUACAAAGAUGAUCUGUUCAGCCAUUGCUUUUGUUUGUUAUCUACCUGCAACCUUUAGUUCACUACAUUUGUUCUGUGUUUGGAAACAUGUUUUGCUAUAAGCCAAUUAAACAAGGUAUCCAUUUGAAAAUUAGGUUUAGCCUCCCAUACUACUAUACUGUAAUGUGGUUUUCUGCAAAGCAGGCAUCCUGUGUCAAUAACGUAGCAAUUUUAUUUCAGUGAUAUUUGUUCUUGACCAUUCUGAAUUUUCACAAUCAGCUUCUGAUAAUAAAUAUGUUU